UCGACCCUCUUCUCCUUAUGGCUCCAAUGCUACGCCUAUUUUGACUAAAACUUCUAACGGACCGAAUCCUGAUCUGGCCUCUCCGAAAGUGGAUUUUCGUCUAUACCGCAACAGCAUCUUUACCUGCACUCCUUCCUCUCUUGAACUUCUCAUAUUUAUUACUUCAGGAUUUGCAGUUGCUUUCUCUUCUACAGAUUCUUCAGAACCAAGAACCAAGAACUUGACGUCAAAUGCAAUGGAAAGUAUCGUUAAGCCUAAGAGUGGACAAACAAUUGAUGAUGGGAGUGGGAACAAACAAGUCGUAAACAAAGUAUCGUGUUGUUUUGAUAAUGCCGAUUCGAUGAGAACAGCUAAUAUUCUCCGAUUGGCCUGGCUCUUUUCGAACUUCACCUUUGAGUCGAAAGGGAUCGAAGUCCGUUUGCUCAACAACUGCUCUGCGACGACAACCCUUGAAUUAAAUCUUAGCCUGAAGCUCGCCUAUAUCAUAUUCUCUUGUCGUGCUAACAGUUACGAUUUCUCGUCCCAGCCAACUGGUCAAUAUAAUUCCUCCUCUGACUACAAUAUUAUUGGUACAUGGUAUCCUCGUGCAGUCGCCGGACUCGUCUGGAAUCUAAAGCUCCAUCUCCUAGAGCUGCUGUGGCUUCAGGGUUUCUCCAGCCUUUCCUUAAUACGGCCCCGCACCGACUUGAUUGUUUCUGGUGAGGCCCAAGGGCAUAGAUGGGCAGCGCCAGCCUUAUCUCCAGGCUCUUGCCUCGAUCCGGCCUUGUGCUUUAUUUCCCAAUUCAAGCUAGUUUUUGACUCUCAGCUGGAAGUAGCUGGACCCAGUUCUAGAACAGGGGACUCCGGCAUUUCCUCCGGGACCAGUUUGUGCAUCAAUUUACCCAUAAACGGAUCAACCUAUUGUCGACUUCUCUCUCUACUUUCUGAUUAUACUCGGUUAUUGACUUCUAUUUUUGGCAGUCCUGAUCGAAUGCAUAUAAGCCAACCUGGUUACUCGAGCUCAGCUUUUCUGGUUCCCCGUCCAUAUCUAACCAACUUGUGUUGGUCCGAAGUCUUCUAUCGCCAUCCAGCCUACAAAUGUAUUGUAUUACUAUUCGAGCCUCUUAAAGAAACCACCACUUCUUCGGUUCAAUUCAGAGCGACGGAAUUUUCUUCACCUAGCAAAUUGGUUAAUACCAUGUUCAGUUCGAAUGGCUUAUCAAAUGGAGCGACUUCGGAAAUAGAGCCUCCGAUCGACAUCAUCUCAAUCAAUAAUCUUUGGAUGACUGAUCGCAUUAUUUCGAGCUGUGGCUUUUGGUUACAGCCCUUCGAGGUCGCUCUUUUGCCGUCCCGCUCAACUUUUGAACAAAUGGCCGAUUCCUCUUUUUAUGAAUUUCCAGGAUUACCUUCCCUUAACAAAGCUGCAAUUAUUUGGCGUUUCCCGCAAUCUAGAAGACCUGUACGCCUAAGAGUGGGUCCAGUUGUCGUCAGAAAAGAACUAUAUCUAAAUCAAGACUUUGAGAUGAAGUUCCCUUGUCGACUGCAAUUCUGGGACCCGCUUUGUGGCAGAGCUGGCAAGUUUGUCACCUAUGCAUCUAAUUUCUACCUAUCCGAUCUUCGUCCUACCGAUGUCGUCUUCUCAAGCUGUCAGAAAGACACCAAGGCUGAUAAGUCCGUUCCUUGUAACGAUGAGGAUGACUUUGUCACCGAGGAUGAUGCCUAUAGAGCCGAUGCUGACGCUCUUCACCUGGCAAGAUCUAUCGGUUGUCUUCCAUCCUCAUUCGAAGCCGUUGUGAAACGUGCCCUUGGAUCAGUUGCCUGUCUAUCUGCUCCAUUUCCUCGGACCGAACCACCAACUAAGAUACCGUCAUCAUCAUCUGCAAAAGUUACGCCACGACCGUCAAAAACAUGCCAUCCAAUUUGUUCAGGCUCCUCAGACGUCAAAUUUAUGGCUGAUCGUAUCGAUGUACUGGAUGAAGGAGCUGCUUCAGGAGGAGAGAAUGAAGCUGUAGCUAUAGAGAAACCGACCAAACCAGGUCGACUGGUAGCCAAGGGCACGGGGCUUCUUCUCGAUCGGAUAAAGGGUAGUCUCUUAGCCCACAGCGCCGUCCAUUCAAAGGAUUCUGCUUAUCGCUGUCAAACUAGACUUAAAAAGGAGCAAAUCUCUUUAGUGCCUGUGUUCAGCCGACGAGCUAAUUUUUUUGGUAGAGCCAAUCUUGCUGAUCCUGACGAUGACACUGAAGAAGCUGUUUUGGCUGAAGUAUGGCGCAUCUUGAUAGACUUUAGAACUAUCCAAAAUUGUCAAAUGAAUCCAGUGCUGGGCACAUUUGACUACGCCUCCAAACUUGGACUAAAGUAA